AAUACGGGUGCUGGUACCUUGCACUUAAGCGUGCCCUUGGUGGUCGUAGAUUGUUGCUGUAAUGGCUUUGGAUUACACGUCUGGUGCAACGAUCACCAACACGCUAUUACAACGACAGACAAUUUUGUGAAUCUUACUUGCGCGGACAAACAUAUUAUCCGGAUGCAGAUAGAUAAAGGCAUUGAUAAUAUCGAGUUUCUAUGCCAACGCCAACCUAACCUUGCGAUGUUACAGAUUCGUGCAAGAACUCAAGUUAUUGUACGUGAUAAAAAUCAUUCGUCCCCAUAUGGUGGGCAAAUGUCUAUUUUAUGUGUUACACGUGAUUUAAAUGCUUUCAAGGAAUUUAUGAGUCAUUUUAAAAAUUCGGAAAAUAGUGUCGCAAAAAAGCCAAUGGAAGGCGAGAAAUUUAAAAGUUUAAUUAGAAAAUAUUUUGACUCUGAUGGGAACGCGCUUCCACCUGGAAUGAUCAAAAAUCCGCUGUUGAAAACACAAUUGUUGAGUAGAAAUACAUCGCCAAUUUCUAGAUAUGGAAAGGGAAAGGAAAUAUAUGAUGAAGUUAUCGUAGUUUCUUCUGUGAAAAGAAGAAACAGUUUAAAUCGUAAGAGAUCUGGUUCAUCUUCGGAUUUGACAAACGAGACCGAUGUGGAUCGCGAACCGAAUACCGAUUUUUCUGCAAGAUUCAACGGAUUUCGUCUUAGGAAAAAAUAUAAAUCUUCAACAGACAUUGUGACUUAUUCGAGUCGUAGGUCUAGCUAUAAUCCCAAAUCAUCAAGAACUUUCGAUGACGACUUUAUAAUUUCUCCGAACAAAAGGCGUAAUAGUUUAAUUUUAACUCAAACUCGUCAAAGGGCGGAUCAAGUAGGAGAUACCGAUACGCGUUUUAGGAGGAGGUUUAGAACUUCAACUAAUUCGAAUAAUAAUAAAGAAACUUCUCCUACAUGCAUUCAAGAAAAUAUCAGUAUAUCAUCGAAGUACGGGGACCCUAUUGUAGUAAUACUAGACAGUCCUGAUAGAGGAUCAAGAGUUCCGUCUGAAACCUUUACAUCAGAAUCUGUAUCUAGUGUUUCACAGAGCCCUAGUAGACGAGACCCAAACAGCAAGUUAUUUGAUUACCCUUGUGUUGGCUAUUCGUCAAUUCUAAUUACAGGAUCGGAUUACAAUCGUUUAGUAGACAUGGACGAGUUGAACGACAAUCUUAUCGUAUUUUAUAUGAGAUACGUUCUGAAUCAGCUUCGUGAACACAAUGAGGCUAGCGCGAAAAAGUAUUAUUUAUUCGACUCAUACUUUUAUAAGAAAUUGUCUGAUCUUCGCGAAGAAAGGAAGGACCCAAAUGAAAUUUAUAAUCAGAUGUCAAGAUGGAUAAAGAAAAAGAAAAUCGACCUUUUCGAUUUCCAAUAUAUAUUUGUUCCUAUCUGUGAAAAGCAAAUUCCUUAUUCAUUGGUAAAUUCACCUAAACAAAGAAAUAAUGUUGACUGUGGCAUAUAUGUACUUCAUUUUGCCGAAACAUUCAUGUGGAACUCUGAAAUCCUCAAACGGCAAAUUAUCAGGUUCAAGACGGAUGAAAAUUCGUGGGAUCCAUACAACCUGCCCGACAAGCGCAAUUCGAUUUUGGGUAUAAUCGAUAGUUUAGCAGAUUCAUAA